UACAUGCAGCAGGUUUCUAAUAAUAUGAUAACAGUAGGAAGUAAUGUAAAUAAUACGAGUAUUCAGAGACAGACAGGCAGUUGACUAAUCGUAUAAACAGUAAAGCAAUCCAAUCACAAUUCCCAAAGCCACUGGAAACUAGAUUUAUAACAGAAAAAAGAGCUAAGAGCUUUAGCUGAGAGAGUUUCCAUGGAGAUUACAACAACAGCCCUCCAUUGCACUAACCACCUCCACCAAAUAAUCCUCACUCCUUUGUCGAGGCCCACCAUUGCAUCACAAUUUUGUUUCCCAAUGAUGAGGACACGGGCAUCUCUCUCCCGAUUCCCAAGACCUCUUUUUCGUACGGCCUUUACUAUUACAUGCUUCGCCGCCGACGCCAACGCUUCUUCAAAGGUUGGCGUGCUUGACCGCUCUUUCGCAGUGAAGAAGAAGGCAACGGAUGUAUCCCCUGCACUCAAAGGAACUUCCAUAUUUCUUGUGGGGAUGAACAGCUCCAUAAAAACCUGUCUGGGAAAACUUUUAGCUGAAACAUUGCGAUAUUAUUACUUCGACAGUGAUAGUUUGGUUGAGGAUGCUGCCGGCGGUAAAUCUGCUUUUAAAUCUUUCAAAGAGACUGAUGAGCAGGGCUUCCGAGAAUCUGAGACUGAAGUACUGAAGCAGUUGUCGUCUAUGGGUAGAUUGGUCGUUUGUGCUGGAAAUGGUGCAGUUCAAAGUUCAACUAAUCUAGCUCUUUUGAGACAUGGAAUUUCAAUUUGGAUUGAUGUACCCCUAGACAUGGUGGCUAGUGGAAUGAUGGAAGAAGACCAAACUGAACACGCACAGCAGGUUGUGGCCCAGUUAGGUUCUUCGUAUGAAGAAUUGAGGGAUGGAUAUGCCACAGCUGAUGCAACCGUCUCACUCCAAAACGUAGCAUGUCAAUUGGGUUAUGAUGACCUAAAUGCUGUAACCCCUGAGGAUAUGACUUUGGAGGUUCUCAAAGAGAUUGAGAGACUUACAAGAGUCAAAAAGAUGAUGGAAGAGGCAGCAACACCUUUUUGACAUACCACAAACCGGCUGUGUUCAUAGCGAUCGGGUCAUAUCAUUAUUUUUGGGGUAAUAGUGAUACCAACAUGAGUUUUGGCCUGCAAGUAUCCUCAUUUCUACAUACAUUAUCUUCGCGUGAGUGGAUUUGAAGCUUAAUUCGACUAAUAUCUUGUUGUUACCAAGGCCAACCAUUUCUUUGUUAAAAUCGAGUUUUCUUAUGUUUUCUUUUUCUUUUUUUUUUCUUUCUAUAUAUAUAAUCUUUUAUUUACUUCGGAUACCAAAAUUAUGUAAAUGUAGAAUUCAACUUUUUCUUUUAUUACAUUACAUUACCACUGGUAAUAAAUAGUAAGAGCUGGUAUCACUGGCGUGGAUCACUUGAGAGCAUGCUUGGGUCCUGUGUAGUCACGUGAUUACUCGCCUUGUCACGUGCCUUAACUUCAAAGUUCAAAUCAUAAUGUAUUAUUUAUUUACUUUAAUUUAGAAGACUCCGGAAAGAAUAC